AAUGAGUGUGUUUUACUAUAGAGUGUUUUUGAAUUAUCUUCUAAUCAAUAUCAUUCUUGUUACGGAUUCAAACUCCGACUAUUAUGGCCCAACAACGACAUGACCCAAAACUCAACUCAUCCCUCUCAUUUUUAUGAUCUGCUUUCGCCUUUCUGCUUUUCUGGCCAUAAUUUCAAAUUUGUUACACCAUAUGGAUAUUCUAACCGUUUUUUGUUUUUAAAGAAAAACUCAUUUUCUUCUUCCAACAGCUUCCUCCAUUCACCUUCACUGCCGCCAGAGAACAUAAUGGUUAAAGGAUUUUACAAACGACUUCUUCCCUCGCCUCCUGCGGUUGAUUUCGUUUCCAGCAAUGGCAAGAAACUUUUCCUUGAAGCAUUUCAAAAUGGAACUAUGCAAGGCUUCAAUAGUUUGAUUUCCUAUUUCCAAACACAAAGUGAGCUUACUUAUUGUGGUCUCGCUAGUCUAUCGAUGAUCUUGAAUGCUCUUGCCAUCGACCCUGGAAGGAAAUGGAAAGGACCUUGGAGAUGGUUUGAUGAAUCAAUGUUAGAUUCUUGUGUACCUUUGGAAAAGGUAAAAGCUAAUGGCAUCUCAUUUGAGAAGCUAGUAUCAAUAGCUCAUUGUGCUGGAGCAAAAGCUGAACCCUUUCGUGCAAGCCAUAGCACUAUCGAUGAUUUUCGCAAAUACGUCACCAAAUGUUCAACUUCUGAUGAAUGUCAUGUAAUCGUAUCAUACUACAGAGCUGCUCUGAAACAAACUGGAGCUGGGCACUAUUCUCCUAUCGGAGGCUAUCAUGUUGGCAAGGACAUGGUACUUAUUUUGGAUGUUGCGCGGUUUAAGUAUCCUCCCCAUUGGGUUCCACUUGCACUUCUUUGGCAAGGCAUGAACUAUAUUGUUGAAUCCACUGGACAAACAAGGGGGUUCUUGCUUAUAUCAAGGCCUCACACCAAACUGGACAUGCUUAAUUUUCUGGAUUCAAAUUCUUAACGGAUGAUGUUUCUCUUCUAUUACAAUCAGAAGAUGUGAAAGAAUUCAUUAUGGUUGUUUUUUAGCCACACCACUUCUAUCUAAUUUUGAGGAAUUCAUCAAGUGAUUGCAAAGAUGAAGAAACAAGACGGCAGGGUUGAAGUAUUAGCACAAGGAAAAAGCAGGGCUUGUUAUUAAGAUUUGGUGGAUAUUCACGCGAUAAUAUCUUCACAUAAAAAUAGUAUUAUGGAUUAUGAGAUGGUUUGAUAUGUUUCACCAAAUAUGUUUGACUAACCAUUUAAAAGUUCAUAAUGUUAUCUUCGUGUAAAGAUGUUAUCAUAGGAGUAUCCACCUUCAGUAUUUUCCUUAAGAGGUAAAUAUUCUCGCGAUGACAGCAUUGUAGACCAUUAGAUGAUUUAAUAUGUUUGACUAAAUAUGUUUGACUAACCAUCUAAAGAUUCACAAUGUCAUUUUCAUGUGAAAAUGUUACCAUAUAAAUAUUUAUCUUAAGAAGCAGAUACU